UCACUGAAGAAACACCCAAGAAACACCAUCUGAACACCUAGGUUCAUCAUGGCAAUGCUGAGAAAUCUUCUACUCCUUUUUAUUAUGUCUUCCAUGGGGAAUGCAGAAAUUAAUUUAGUUGAAAGAUGUCCCUAUGGAUGGACAAAUUUUGGAGUCCGAUGCUACAAGUUCUUCUCUGAGUCAGUUAACUGGGUCACCGCAGAGAGAAACUGUGAACGUCUUGGUGCAAAACUGGCAUCUUCAACCAAUAAAGCAGAAAAUGACUUUCUGCUGAGUCUGGUGCCUUCAAACACACAUACUUGGAUUGGUUCUCAUGAUGCUGAACAAGAAGGACAGUGGCUGUGGAAUGAUGGAUCUGCAUUUGACUACACCAACUGGUGCUCUGGACAACCCGACAAUUCUGGUGUUGAGAACUGCCUGGAGAUCAGUUUUACCUCAAACCAUUGCUGGAAUGAUGUAAGCUGUUCAACCUCAUCGAGCUACAUUUGUGCUACAGACUGAUGAGAUCAUAUGCGUCAUCCUGCUUCACAGUACUUUGAUUGUACUACAUGUAAACUUCUUCACUUUAAAUCUCUUUUAAAUGAUGAAGAAUUUUUCAAAUUAAAUGAUUAUCAAAUAAAAGCAUUUGAGCAAA